AAAGCUAAGUUUUCCUUUUACUUUCGAAAGUUUAUUUGACCUAGGUCAUGGAAGGAGAUGGGGGAAGCGACACUGAAAAGAAAUCUGAUUUCUUCAUGGAAGGCGAUGUAGCUGGAACCACUGAGGCCAAUACAAGGAAGAGGAAAUCAGAUUCUGACAUUGAAGCUACCUUUCAUACUUUUCAAGGUAUUCAUGGAGCUGGAGGUGAAAAAAAAAAUAAGAAGACAAAGAAAUCAACUUCUGGAAAAGCCAUUGAUGUAACAUCUCAUGUGAAAUUGAUGGAAGGUGAUCCUAACUAUCCCAAGGAUGUCCCAAGCGGAUCUAAGCAUUACGAGAAGUUUUGGACUAAGGAACUCAGAGAGGUCAUGAACCAAGGAACUAGGCGAACCUGCUGGACCGUGGCAUCAACAAGAGGUUUAUCAGCUCGGCUUCUUGUUGAAAAGAAAGUCGGUUCUCUCAAGCACAUGUCAGCCCUUCAUCUGUUGGUUGGUCUUUUUGACAAGACUGAUAAAAAAGGAGGGCUUAGAAACUUGGGUCACUUGAAGAAGUUUCUUGAAGAAAAUGGUGCAGUUUUGGAGAAAGAUUGCAAGUGUGUAGAUCCAUUCUCUGAAAUGAAGAAGAAAAGGACUGACGAUAAAUCAAAGAUUACUAAACCAAUUCUGUGCACCGACAAACACGGCCAGCCUAAAUGUGUCUUCAGGGUUAAAGAACUGAUCGUGUUAGAGGAUGUGGUUGAGAAAGAUCUUAUCGUCAUGCUCAACAAAGGUCCCGUGGCGAUUUCUAUCAUUAACACCCUGGAAUUUGUAGCAUUUAAAGGGUCCGGUGUUUACGAAGGUCGUCUCAUGGGUGGUAGAAGCACUGAUAUUGACUACCACAUGCUUUUGUGUUAUGGAUACGGAACCACCAAUACCGGAGUACACUACUGGAAAGUCCAGAACUCAGCAGGACUUAGUUGGGGAGAGAACGGCGUCGGAAAGAUAAUCCGAGAAGUUAGCCGCGGUGGAAGACCAUCCCUGAUCGAAUAUGUCAUUUACCCUGUGCUCCUUGAUGAGUACGAGGAUGAGGAUUAGACACGUACCACUUUUGUUUCUCUCGACGAGAGACACGUACCACUUCUCAAGACUAAAACGCUAAAGAGAUAUUCUUAGAGGAUGAGAAUGUUUUGUUUGUUUUUUCUUUUUGGGUUUUCUACUUUGAUCUACGUACGUUAGUCAUCUCCAUAUUAGACCAAAUGUUUUUAUUAAAAUUAUGAACCAUCUCCU